GUAGACGGGGAAUGGAAUUUUAGGAGAGCCAAGCAAGGCUAGGGAUGAGGGCGCUGAUUCUUCUGGCGUCGCUGUGCUGCAUUGCGGCCUUGAUCAAGAAUGUCGCGGAUGCGUUUGGCGUCCACCAGAAGAUCUGGGAGCCGAAGAGGCCGCGAUCGACGCAGGCAUACGUGACGCUGCUCUAUGGCGACGAGUUCUUGCUGGGAGUGCGCGUCCUUGGGAAAUCCAUUCGUGACACGGGAACGAGCAAGGAUUUGGCAGUUCUUGUGUCCGACGGUGUCUCCAUGGAUGCGAUCAGGCUUCUGGAAGCUGAUGGAUGGAUUGUGGAACGAAUCGAAUUGCUCUCAAAUCCCAACCAGCAACGCCCAGCGAGGUUCUGGGGAGUCUACACGAAGCUCAAGAUUUUUAACAUGACACAGUACCAGAAAGUUGUAUACUUGGACGCUGAUACAAUCGUCGUAAAAGACAUUGAGGAUCUUUUCCAGUGCCAGAAGUUUUGUGCCAAUCUCAAACAUUCCGAGCGUCUCAACUCCGGGGUGAUGGUCGUAGAGCCCUCGGCAGAACUCUUCGACGACAUGCUUAAGAAAGUUAGUACGCUCCCCUCGUACACUGGAGGUGAUCAAGGUUUCCUCAACUCCUAUUACCCCGACUUUCCCAAUGCACAGCUCUUUGAUCCCAAUCUCAAGCCAGAUCAAAGAACACCGCGGCAAAUGGAGCGACUUUCGACCCUCUACAAUGCCGACGUCGGGCUUUACGUACUGGCAAAUAAAUGGAUGGUUGAUGGAAGCCAAUUACGCGUUGUUCACUACACUCUCGGUCCUCUAAAACCUUGGGACUGGUGGACCGAGUGGCUUUUGAAGCCAGUCGAUCUAUGGCAGGACAUUCGGAGGUCUCUAAAGAGCUCUUUGCCAGGCACGGGCGGGGGACUAGUUCCACACGACCGAUUCGUCGUCGGUGUGCUCUCAGUCCUUCCAGUUUUCCUUGUGGCGUUACUGAUUUGGUACCGACGUCGUCCUCCAAAUGGCGUUCGUACUCCUCUUUGCAAUGCCUCCCUCUGUGGAUGGAUGCGGCAGUUUCGAUUGUACAGGACAGUUUUGGGUGUUCUUUCGGCUGCUGGAAACGGUGCAAACUACCAGAAUGGCCAUACCAAGCACAUUGCUCUCAUAUCCAUCGUCGUUUGCUUUGUGCUGGCUUUGUUAUCAGCUGGCGCAGCUUUUCACCUUAUUCCCCGUCAAGUGAUGCCAUGGACCGGAAUGCUACUUCUCUACGAGUGGACAAUUUUUCUGUUCUCGCUCAGCUUUGGAACGUUCCUCGGCCUUCUUUACGACUGGGGGAAAUCCACGUCAAGCUCAUCUUCGCCGCCAUACAAAGGUCACUCUAAGCAAGCGUCGAUUUGGGACAUGGAAACAACGUCGUAUGGCUUUGGGAUGGCUGCUCUGACUCUCCUGGUUCCCUGUUUGCCGUUUCUUCUCGGAAUCACGGCCAUGUUUGCGAGGGUGGGAACGUUUGUUGGAGCGGGGAUGGUGCUCGCGGUGUUCAUGACAUACUCUGCGCAAAACUUGGGUGUUCGCUGGUUUCUACUUGGUCGAGAGGAUGGUGGCUCGUCUCUCGACUUGAUGAAUCAUUGAUCAUUGCAACCUCUUCGGAAGUUUUGUUCGCAUGUAAACUAUGUGUGAUAAGAGAAAAGUUUUAGCUGGUCAA